GGAGAGCGUUUGAGUGUUUUUGAGGUCGGACUGCGGCGAGAGAGCAGAGUGGCGCACUAACUCCAUAAGCACAAGUGGCUGGCAAGAGCUCAAUGCAAUGGAGAAACUGAACCGCGGUGCUAAGAUCGGAGCCCAGUAAGCUCAGGAAGAAAAGAAGAGAGGCGUGCAUGAGAUAAGGGGGAAUGAAGAGUAGAAUAAAGAGUUUUAAUGAAGAGUUGAGAUUAUUUUUCAAAGUUGCACGGAUUUUCUACCAUGCAGAUGCGUAUUUUGCAAAGAUGACAUAGCACUUGAGCAAAUGGGAUUCCAACAGGAACAGAACUCAUUCGCGACCUGAAUGAAAAGAGAAACGGGAUUCUGUUCAAAUCGGACUUUAAUUAGUUUUUUUUCUUCUUUUUUUACUUGACAAGCCUCGGUUGUGAGUGAACGCAAAGUAAAUAUGAAUCUGGGAAAAGCAAUUUUGUUUUUUCUCCUCUCAAACUGUGUGACAAUGACUUUCUCGCUAUCCACUUGCACCACUGUGGACAUCGACCACAUAAAGAAAAAGAGAGUAGAGGCGGUCCGGGGACAGAUUCUCAGUAAACUCCGUCUGACCAGUCCGCCUCAAACAACAGGUCCAAGUCAAGUACCGUUUCAGGUCCUUGCCCUUUAUAACAGCACCAAGGAGCUCAUUGAGGAGCUGGGAAGAGACAGGCAUCAGAGUUGUGGACAGGAUAACACGGAGACUGAGUACUACGCCAAAGAGAUUUACAAGUUCAACAUGAUCAAUGGUCCGCCAGAAAACAAUGACCUCCCCCUCUGCCAUAAGGGUACCACCUCCAAGGUGUUCCGCUUUAACGUCUCCACCAUGGAGAAGAACUCCACCAACUUGUUCCGGGCCGAGUUUCGAGCCCUGCGGAUCUCCAACCCCGGCGCCAAGAGAAACGAGCAGAGGAUUGAGCUCUACCAGAUCCUCCAGAAAGAUGACCCCAAAGCCAAACAGCGCUACAUUGGGGGCAAGAACGUCCUGACCAAGGGAACGCCCGAGUGGGUCUCCUUUGAUGUUACAGAGACAGUGAGAGAGUGGCUAAUGUACCGACAGACCAAUCUUGGCCUGGAGAUCAGCGUGCAUUGUCCCUGCCACACUUUCAGGCCUAAUGGUGACAUCAUUGACAAUGCCAAUGAGGUGCUAGAGGUCAAGUUCAAAGGUAUGGAAGCGGACUAUGACGAUCUGAGCCGUGUGAAAAAACCAAAGGAGCAGCUCUACCCCCACCUUAUCCUCAUGAUGCUCCCUCCCCACAGGCUGGAUGCCCAAUCCUCCUCCCGAAGGCGUAAGCGGGCACUUGACACCAAUUACUGCUUCAACAAUUAUGAGGAGAACUGCUGUGUGCGACCACUAUAUAUUAAUUUCCGGCAGGAUUUGGGCUGGAGGUGGAUUCAUCAGCCUGAAGGGUACUAUGCCAACUUCUGCUCUGGUCCCUGUCCUUACCUACGCAGCGCAGACACCACUCACAGCUCGCUGCUGAGCCUGUACAACACCUUGAACCCCGAAGCAUCUGCCUCACCCUGCUGCGUUCCUCAGGACUUAGAGCCCCUCACCAUCCUCUACUACGUGGGUCGCUCCCCCAAAGUCGAGCAGCUCUCCAACAUGGUUGUCAAGUCCUGCAAGUGCAGCUAAACUUCAGGGCUUCGGGGCCCGGCUAGAGACGUGGGAUGUGAUGGCUCCCAGCACUACUCAGGAGCGGAUAUGAGGGGUUAAAGGGGGCGCGGUACACUUUGCCCUCCACGAGUACCUACAACCCCAGCUUCAGCCUUGCCCGAGCGCUCUCUCUCACGAAAAAAACUAAAAUGCAUUCCACACCCAAUCAUCGGCAGCAUUAACCAGGAAGACUUGUCAAACACCACUUCACUAACGGCACUCUAAACCCAACAAACGUCCUCAGCAACCACCUUUCUGACUUCAGUAUUUCUCAUGUUUUUUUUCUUCAUAUUCCAGCAUUUUGAACAGCCUGUACCUCACUGUUAAAUAACAAGAGGAACAGAACAAUAAUUGCCUUUCAAUGACCACUGCAUUCUUACGGACAUAAAAUAAUUGCAGUCAAAAAGAGAAAACAACUGAGAAUGCAGACUAAACUCAGCAUAAUAGGAAUACGUCAAAGAGGGUGAAACAAAAAAAUGAUUGCUUGUGGAGAGCAAACACAUCCCUCAGCUCUGACGCACAGGACACCUUCAAAUGUCUGAGCUGGAAACUGACGCGGUGCCCGCCACAGCUCCCUACACAGCUCAAUACACUGUUUGUUUAGGAUUAAAAUGCUGUUGAAUUCAAAUGACCUUAGGACAAAAAGAAAACAUGCUGGAAACCAACCUUUAUUUUAAAGUAGUAUUUCCAUGGUUACGUUUACCUCUGUAAUACAACAGGAUGGUGAUUUCCAGGGAUUGUUUUGUUUUGAAGUGAAGUCUUUCUGUUGUAUGAGACGACGUAUGUCACUAAGUGAACACUUAACUAGAUCACUAACUGUAAAUGUUUUUCUUAUUACUCUUGGAAACACUUUUUUUUUUUUAUUAAAAAUUGACAGUUGGAUAGAAUUGUUCUAAUUCCAUUAUUGUUGGAGUCUUUUGUUUGCAUAAAGUAUUUUAGAGCACUUUAUUUUAAAGGGAAAUAGGGUAAAUUCGACCAAAGUGACGAAAUCAAAGUCCAGUGAGAGACAACUUCCAGUGUGCAGCAUGUGUGGUAAAGAAAUACAUUUACUGACAUGAUCAGCAUGUUUGAAUGUUUUUCAAUGCCGUCCGAUACAGACUGAAAAAAUAUGAUAUUUCCACCACGCAUGUGUUGUAAACAAUCAGCGACUAUACAGAUUAAAUGAUCAGACUGUAAACAACUUUGUAUCACCAUAGGAGAAUAUGCACAUUGAUUUCCGAUUCUACUGUUGGAUUUUAGUAAUACAGCAUGCACUGGUGUACCCACAACAUUAAGCUUAAUAUCAAUCACUACAAAAAAAUCCAAUGCCAUCAAGUGUAUUAAAACCAGUUCUGUUGUACUGCAUUGAAAACUACAAUCUGUGCAAAACCACUCUGAUGAUAAUCAUCAGUUGAUAUGACAAAAAACAUGCAUGACAUUUAAGUACUUCUGACAAAGUCAUGUUAAGCAUAUGCUGAAUCUAUUGUUAUA